AUGCCGCAACUAACCGAAAUUCCCUUAAUUGUAAAGGGAGCCAUUGGCAGUUGCUGCUCUCCAUCCAAUUCCUAUCCUCAUAGUGAAAAUAGCAUUGGAACAGUCAGUCCACCAAGCGAUCCCGUUGGUUCUCGAAGUACUUCAUCACUCGCAGCAGCAGGUUCUGAGAGUCAAUCUGUGGUUUGGCGAAUAUCAGCCAGUCCACUACACGAACAACUUAUCAGGCUGUAUACAUUGGCGUAUAUGCCCUCGGGAUUCUGGACUCGACUGAUGAUUCGCCUCCUUACCGAUACGACACUCGAAACUUUGGCACGGUAA